AAUAUUAAAUACACACAAAUUCCAAAAUUUUCCCAUAUUAACCUUAUUUUCCUUCUAUACUUUCUAUAUUUUCAUUGUAAUGUAUUCAGUCAUUUCAGUCAAAAGUGGUCUUACCUGUGAAGGUGCUCAAAUGACUGCAACAUUUGAUGGUCACCAUUGUUGAGGUUCUCACGCUGAUACUUGAUGUCUGUGUGCCUAGAUGAAAGGUUUUUUUUUUUAUUAUUAUUUAAUUAUUUGAUCAGAAAAUUUUUAAAAUCUCUGUUUAUGCUGGAAAUUCCAGACAUUACACUGUACAAUCACAGGAUGGCAGAAAUCGAUACGGUAAAUUCAACUCAGAGAUUCAGGUCAAAUGAUGAUGAUGUCAAAACAUAACCAACACCACCCAAUCACAUUUUCUCUUGGCUUGUCUUAACUGUUGUCUAACUCAGUUACAGCAGCCAAACAAUAUCUAAUGUUAAAGAGUCAAGGAUCAAGAGCCCAACUAAAGCAAACACUGACCACCAUGAUGGUGACCCAUGUCACGAAUCGGGUCUGCACUCCCGGUCACUCACCACUAGAGGUCACCCGCUCACCACAUGGACUUUCACACCGCACAUCACAUGGACUCCAAUUCCCAUCAUCCAACACUGAUCACAGCUGUCACCAAUCACUCAUUGCACCAAUCACACGCACACCUGAUUACACAGCAUCACUAAUCACACACACUAUUUCAACCCUGGACAUUCUCCCCCUCGUCGCCGAGUAUCGUAUGCACUAUCGCUGCCCUACCAAGCCCGUCAGUUUGCCUAGCCUAGCCUAGCCUAGCCUAGCCUAGCCUGGAUGGAUUGUGUUUUCCCCUGCCUGGACUAUCGCUGACGUUUUGGUUUCCCUCUCCUGUCUUGCCCUUUGGAUACUGUUCGCUGAUCGUCGACCCACGCUUGCCCUAAGUUUACUCUUUGUCUUGUCUCUGCCAUACCUGUUUGCCAUUGUUUCGACCCUGCCUGUAUCUUUGACCAUGCCUGUAAAUAAAAGCCAGCACAUGGAUCCGCACGCCUCUCGACUCAUCAGCCCUGUUACAACCCAAUGACAUGAGUCGGUGUAAUAUAUUCAUUUUGAUGAUUAUCAUCCCUCUAGCUUUCUUUCAGUCAGUGAGAGGGAAGGACUGUGUGUGCGAUCUAAAAAAUUCAGAUCCUGCUUUCCCUGAGCAAAAACUAACGAAAGUAGAAACCAUAUCUGCACAAUGCAUUGGAAGCAUCACUUCAGAAAGGAUGACAGACUUGGACAGACUUUUGUUGGGUCUGCAACAACGCAUCAAGCAACUAGAAGACAAUGUGCUCAUGCUGGAAAAGGAGGAUGACAGGAAUCUUUAUGGGGCCGUGUCUGUGCGUAUCAUUGAGUUAGAGUUUGCCGAAAUACAGGACCUCCUCAACAAACUCAACAUGACCACCAACGAUUACCAUCAUCUCAAUGUGCAGACUGUAGCUCAGCUUGAAGACAUGAAGGACACAAUGGCAGAGCUGGAGAAGUUUGACAACAUGCUGGUGAUAAAGAAGGAUCGAGAGAACCAGCGUGUUAAAAGGGACCUGGAACAGUGCAAAAAUGAGCUCAAGGUUACAUUACCACCUCCUACAGUUCCCCCAGGACGCUGUGGUCUGGGUCAAAUGGUCAGUGUGGUGGGACCUAGAACGUAUUCCAUCACGGUAUACAGCACCUCCUAUCCUUAUGGUGCUUGGGGUCGAGAUGCAAAACCCGCUCCAGGAGACGAGAACAAGUACUGGCUGGUGGUGCUGACAAGUAGUAACGUAUAUGGCUACUAUGUCCGCCAGUACAGCACCUUGAGUACCCUUUUAUUAGGUAUAGGACCAAAAGAUACAUAUAUAUCAAGCUCCAAUCCCACAACAAACACAAUUCAGGGGUCAAACAUGGUCAUGUACGCCAAUGCGCUCUACUAUAACUGUUACUAUACUUACUCCGUCUGUCAGUUCAACUUGACGACUCGUGCUGUCAGUACUGUGGCUUUACCUAGUGAUACAGGUUACAACAGCAAGUUUCCAUUCGCACACCUCGGCACAACAUACAGCUAUACUGAUUUGGAUUUUGCCACAGAUGAAUCAGGCGUUUAUGUCAUAUAUGCAACCACAAGCAACUUUGGAAAUGUGGUUAUCAGUAAAAUCGAGACUAGUAACCCGCCAGUUUUGGGCCAAACUUGGAAAACGUCUUUGUACAAAACGACUGCCACAAACACCUUCAUGGUGUGUGGUGUGCUUUACGCUACUCGUUACCUGGAUAAAGAAACAGAACAGAUCUUUUACUCUUAUGACACCAAAACAAAGGAAGAACGCUUUGAUUUGAAAAUUAAUAUUAAGAAGAUGCAGACUAAUAUUGAGUUUCUUAACUAUGACCCCCGAGAUCAUCUGCUGUAUGUCUACAGCGAUGCCUACAUUUUAACUUACGAGAUCAUCUUUCAGUAAUUCUCCAAUAACUUGAUUCAAGACAUGAGAAUAUGGCUGCCACCUAUUUCACAUACUGUCUGUACUGUAUUGUAUGCAAGGUUAGAAUUUGUUAUCUUAUGGUAAAAACAGUAUUCCAAAGAAACCCAGAUAGUACAGUAGAUAGCAAUUUUUCAAAUCAACCCAAAUAACUGUAAAAUAAUGAAUUUAGAUGCUAAUGCAAGGGAAUAAAUAUAUUAGUUCCUAAUUUACCAGCUUUUACAAACAGAUUGCAACAGUUUUAAGGGGUAUAUAGUAUCAAGUGUAUACAUAUGAUUACUUGUGUCCUAUCUUGCCAUACAUUCAAAAUUCUGUACUUUCCCCAUCACCAGUGCAGUAUUUACUUUUACUUUAUAUAAGUAUCUGAAUUGAAAUCCAGCCUAUAAAUGUUUUUUUGUUUUUUUGCUAUGCACACAUCUUUAAAUGCUUAGCUUUGUUACGUGAGGUGAUGAAAUUCACAAAUGUAUCGCAAAUUUCAUUUCUUGAAAUAAAUUACAGCAGUUUA